CCCGGCCCUGAUAACGGUCUCCUCCUGCUCCGCUCUCUCUCAGGUCAGGAUGGCUCUCACUCAAGUCUCCUCCAACAAGUGCGCCGGCGGCUUCCAGAAGGUGUUCGAACAUGAAAGCACUGAGCUCAAGUGUAAGAUGAAGUUUGCCGUCUACCUGCCUCCCAAGGCCGAGACCGGCAAAUGUCCCGUCAUGUACUGGCUCUCAGGUCUGACGUGUACGGAGCAGAACUUCAUCACCAAAGCUGGCAGUCAGGUCCCAGCAGCAGAGCACGGCAUCAUCAUCGUCGCUCCGGACACCAGCCCACGCGGCUGUAACAUCGAGGGGGAGGACGAGAACUGGGACUUCGGCACCGGAGCUGGUUUCUACGUCGACGCCACGGAGGACCCCUGGAAGACCAACUACCGCAUGUACUCCUACAUCACUGACGAGCUCCCCAAACUAAUCAACGCUAACUUCCCCACCGACCCAGACAGGAUGUCCAUCAGCGGUCACUCCAUGGGCGGCCACGGGGCGCUCAUCAGUGCCCUGAAGAACCCUGGGAAAUACAAGGCGGUGUCUGCGUUCGCUCCCAUCUGUAACCCGGUGCAGUGUCCCUGGGGACAGAAGGCUUUCUCUGGGUACCUGGGCUCCGACAGGGCCACCUGGGAGGCGUACGAUGCCACCUUGUUGGCGGCGUCCUACUCCGGCCCGCAGCUGGACGUCCUGAUCGAUCAGGGCCGCGACGACCAGUUCCUGUCGGCCAGCCAGCUGCUGCCCGACAACCUGAUCGCCGUCUGCUCCGAGCAGAAGAUCCCCGUCGUGUUCAGACUGCAGCCGGUCCGUUGACCUCUCACUCUCACACUCUGUU